AUGUUAAAAGUUAAUAGUGAAUCUAUUAAGCGGACACUAAACAUUCAUGUCGCUUCAGCAGUGCUGGCAUUCAUUGGAGGAAUACUUAAACUUUCAAGUACGUUCACGGAAAAACAACAAGUUAAGGAUAUUUCUAAACUUGGGUUAAGAGGCAUUUUGGUUUUAUCGUGUUUAGGAUUUCUUUGGAAUUCAGUGGAUACUAUGCUUAGAAGAGUUACAGCAGAAAGAUUUAAGAGAGAUAAUGGCUUUUUAAAUUCAAGUGUCAUUGUGUCUCUUUUAGAAAUAAUUAUGAUGCUGGUUUGUAUCAAGAUGAUGUUCUUCUACCCUCUUGUUGCUAAUGGUGAAGGUCAAGAUGCUGCUGCCCCAAGAGGUUUGCCGGAAGAGAGCAAGUUUGGUCUCUUUGGAGCCAUAUUCCUGCCUUACAUAUUUAGUGAGUGCUUAAGACUUCUUCUGAGUUACAGGAAAAAUAUGAAAGGAGAUAAGAUAAUUCUAGCAAUUAUAAUAACAGGAUGUUUAGUAAUGGGAGGACUGGGUAUUGUUGAUUACAAGAACAAAGGAAACUAUAUUGGUGGAGGGAUAUUUGCUAUUGGAUUAUUGAUGGUACUUGCCCGCCUUGGUUUCAUGCAUGAAGAGGAUGUUCCAGUACUUGGUGAAGAAGACUCUGAUGAAGAAUUUGAUUCUACUACCAAGUAUGUUAUCAUAGGUGCCACUUUUUUAUUGGUAUUGGCUAUACUGCUAUGUUCACACAAGAUACUAUUUAAGGACUGUACCCUCAUUGAUUAUCUUAAAUCAUUUAAUCUCUUUGGUAAUGCUGAGACGAAUGGGGCACAAAAUAACACUCUUGCUAAUGCUACUAAGAUGAGUGAGUCACAAGGUGACCUUGAUGCUCCUCCUGAUGGGGGUAUAAGUGCACGGAGUGGUACCUCUCCUGGAUCUGGGGCUGAGGGUACAUCAGGUUAG